AUGCUUUACGUUAUCGCCCUCCUAUGCGCAGCCAUGCUGCUAUGGGGUCUGGUUAGAAUUCCAUCCGACAUGCCUAGAAACAUUCCCUCCGUGCCAAUCUAUGUAUCCCUCCUGGGUCUUUGGAGCAGUAUGGGCCAAGACGAAAUUUACGAGAAAUGGCUACGGGAGCCUCUGGAGAGGCAUGGUGCUGUAAAAAUCUUCUUUGCAGGCCGAUGGAACGUUCUCGUUGCUCGUCCGGAAUUCCUUACCGACAUGUUCCGCAACGAGGAUGUAUACGCAAAAGCAGGGAGUCAGAAAAAGAUCCCCUGGAGCGUGAUAGCUACAUUAGUGGGAGACAACAUCAUCAACUCACACGGCGCGGACUGGAAGCUAUAUACGUCGGUCAUGAAACCUGGAAUCCAGAAGCAAGACUUCAAAAUAGAGCCUAUAGUCGACAAAACCAAGACAUUUGUUUCGAUGCUUCUCCAAAAGCAAGCAAGAUCUGGAUCUGGCAACCGCGGCAUCUUGGUCAAUGACUUGAUACAGCGAUGGGCCAUCGCAAUCAUGGGGGAGAGCUUCCUUGACAUCGACUUCGGCUGCCUAGAGAAUUCUGGACAGCGGAUCGAAGAACUUCAAUCCAUUAUCAAGCGGGUCUUAUUCCACCCUCUGUUCUUCAAUUUUCCACUGCUCGACAAGUUUGCAUGGCUCUUCAGAUCUCGCAAAUACGCAUACGGCAUAAUGAAAGAAUUCGAGGAUCUCCUAGUUGAACUGGUCCAGAACCGUCCGCGCAAGGUGAAGUCUUCAGGCGAAAAGCCGGGCGAUCAGUCUGGCGAGCUCGUUAUUCACAUGCUCGAACGCGCACUUGACCAAGGUGUCAUAAACGAUGCCCAGUUCCGGGCCAAUCUCAAAAUUGUCUUUCUGACGGCCCACGAGAAUGUGCAGCAACUUCUCAAUUCUGUCUUUUGGGAGCUCGGCACCAAUCAGGCCGUGCAGACCAGGCUCCGAGAGGAGGUCCUCUCCAAGAAUGUCGUUUCCCCGACUGCAGAGAUGCUCAACGAUAUGCCCUACUUGACGGCUGUCGUCUACGAGAUGCUGCGCUUGUACCCGCCCGUUUCUCAGCUCAUCAAUCGAGUGACCGUCGGGCCUGCGGUCCUCGCUGACAAGAUCGAGAUUCCAGGUCGGACGUGGGUGGGAUGGAAUGCGUAUGGAGUGCAAACAGACCGCGGAGUCUGGGGUAGUGAUGCCAUGGUCUUUGCUCCUGAAAGAUGGGGUGCCAACAUCAAGGACAUAAAGUCAAAGUACAGGAGAGAGCAGGUGAAAGGAAACUAUAUUCCUUUCAAUGCUCAUACGCGAAAGUGCCUCGGAAGCAGUUUUGCUAUAUUGGAGACCAAGGUUGCGCUCUUUGAGUUGCUGAGGAGGACGAGAUGGACAGUGGACCCUGGGUAUCGGCUCAAACUUACCCCGGGUGGAAUUCUGGCCCCGUUAAGAUGCAAGGUUAUUUUGGAGGAAUUAGCAUAG